GGAGUCCUCCCCGGCCCCUCCCAUUCGCUAAUCCGCUCUUUCUCCCCCCCCUCCCCCCCCCGGGUCCCUGCCUGGAAGCCUCUUCCAACGCAAGGGCGGCGGGUCGGCCGCGCGCACGCGCACUGGAGGGGCCGGCCGGAGAGAAACGGUUGGGGCGGUUGGUGGGGCGCCCCUCCCCCAACGGCUCCCCCCCGCGGCGAAGUCAGGCGAGAGGAAGAAGGGAGGCGCUGCCGAAGCGGCCAUGAAGCUCUGCAGCCUUUUGCGGACUCCAUAAGAACAGCCCUGCUGGAUCAGGCCCCAGGCCCGUCUAGUCCAGCAUCCUGUUUCACACAGUGGCCCAUCAGAUGCCUCUGGGAAGCCCACAGGCGGGCGCGACAUCCAUGUGGGCUUCCUGUUGUGGGUUGCUGAAUGAAGUCAUGGGGACAGGAGCAGUUCGUGGCCAGCAACCUGGAUUUGGGGGUGCGGCGAACCCAUUCAGAUUUGCACCAAGUACAGACUUCACUGUGUACACAUCGUCGGCCGCAGGAGGAGCUAAUAUAGUCUGCAAAGCCUGUGGUCUCUCGUUCUCAGUGUUCCGAAAACGGCACGUGUGUUGCGAGUGCAAGAAGGAUUUCUGCUCGUUGUGUUCGGCCUUGUACGAGAACCUCCGAAGAUGCUCCACCUGUCAGCUGCUGCAGGAGACGGCGUUCCAGCGGCCACAGCUGAUGCGCUUGAAAGUCAAAGAUUUGCGCCAGUACCUGGUUCUUAGGAACAUCCCGACAGACACUUGUCGAGAAAAGGAAGAUUUGGUGGACCUUAUACUCAGCCAUCAUGGGUUGGCUUCUGAGGAGGAUACAGACACUAGCAGCUUAUAUUCAACACGGUCACAGACUUCUGGUUUUUCUACACAUCCCGUUUCUCUGUCAGGAUCCAUAUCCUCCUCUCAGGGAGAACUUGUGAAUAGGCACGAAAGCACCGGAAGCGAAAUCCAGUUGCAGGGACCAAGUGAGAGGCUCUUGGCAGACCAUGGUGAAGAGGAAAACACAGAAGAACAGACCCCGGGGCAGUCCAGAAAGCGUGCAAGGGCUUCACUCUCUGAUAUUUCAAGCCUGGAUGAUAUCGAACAGCUAAGUGUGCGCCAGCUGAAGGAAAUCCUCGCUCGUAACUUUGUCAACUACUCGGGAUGCUGUGAAAAAUGGGAGCUGGUGGAGAAAGUGAGCAGGCUGUACAGGGAGACGGAGGCGAACCACAGGGCACGGGAGAAGACCCAGCUGACUGACGAAGAUGACAACCUCUGCAGGAUCUGCAUGGAUGCUGUGAUUGACUGCGUGCUCUUGGAGUGUGGCCACAUGGUCACCUGCACCAAAUGCGGCAAGCGCAUGAGCGAGUGUCCCAUCUGCCGCCAGUACGUCGUCAGAGCCGUGCACGUGUUCAAGUCGUGAGCGGCCGAAACCGAAGCCGGAAGCUCCAUGGGGUGAGUGCAGGCCAUGGCAGGGAAGCGUGGAGGCUGCACGGUAGACCUCAGUGCUGACUAAUUCAUAGCAACCUGAACAGAAGCUUAGGAGCUUGACUGGUGUACUUCUGCUUGGCAGUCAAAUGCCUUGUUAAGGAUAGAGCUGUGUUAUCUGGAUAAAUCCAGACACUGGUUGAGUCAAAUCAGCAGCAGACUUAGUCGUCCUUAUUGCUCUCUUCUGAAAAAUACAUCUGUAGCCACAUCAGCCAGUGGAAGGAAAGGUCAAGGGAUGGGGUGACCUUUCCAAAAAGCAGAGGGAGCAGAGCCAGGGGUUGAGAGCCAGGUACUCUCAGAUGGAAUCGUCUGCUGCAGUCCCUUAAUGGAAUGUAACUGGAUGGUAUAAAAUGCAAAUGGGGCACCCAGAGCCUACUCCCAGUGGAGUGGCUGCAUUCAGGUAGCGAGGGCUUUUGUACCAACCCGUCAGUUACUCAUUCCACAUUGGUCCUGUUUCACUUGAAGUUACGGUAGGCCUCAGUCAUGUUAUCUAAAAGCCACCUGAUAGUUUAGAACCAUUUUGUGAUGGAGAAGAAUUAAUUUUUGAGGUGUCCUUGUUUCUGAGUCCCUUUGGUCAGAUUCAGGCAUGUCAUACCACAAAUUUCCUCCCAACGAUUUUAACCAAAUGUGAGGGUUAUACUGGGGGUCUCCAUCUCACUGAGGAAAAAAUGAAUUCCACACGGAACUAAAGCUUCAUCCGCUGCUGAACAGAAAACACCUUCAGUGCUUUCUUUCAGAAUGCCAUUGUUCAACUUGCUAGAAGGCUUUCUUGUCAAAGCACUGCGAGCAUGACUGGAAGUGCAGAACUGGCUGGAGUCCAGCUGUUUGAGGGUAGUCCCUUGGCCGCUGUAUUAGCUGCUCUUGAAAGCCUUGUUCUGAAAAGCAGCAGAAGGGCAGGAAAUGUAUGCGCCUUGCUAUUCUGACUGCGGCUGCAGAGAGAGCUAAAUCAUUACAGCUCCAGAACCUUUAUUUAGUCCCUUGGACCUGGAGCUCCAAGGAGGAGGCAUUGGAAGUGAGUGUGAUUGUUGCAGCCUCUUCCUGAAGUAUCCCAUCUGCUUAGUCUGCAAGAUCUUCCUUUAUUGCACAGUGGGCAGGCAUGAAGGCUUUGCAUCUGACUAAAUCUGCUUCCCCAAAGCUGUGGGCACAAGAGGGAUUGGUCGUGCUUGUGGAAAUAAGUAGCAAGGGAGGUUUUGAAGUGGGGCUGGGGGGUAGGUGGGCUAGAGGGGAAUGCUUGGGAGCUUGACACUGUUGAGCCUUCAUUUGAGAUGGCAAGUAUGUGACUUUACUACUGAAGCACUGACUUAUUUUUCAGAAGGGAGCAAGACAUUAUGGCUUUAUUUUUAGAAAGAUCUUUUUCAAAAGGUGCAGAAAAUCAAACGACCAGAGUCCUUGUUCAGGGGGUAUAUGCAUAAUGAGAAUGUAGCAUAUCCAUAAUGUUCUGAACAAUGGCUGUUGAUGUAAUAAACAUUUGUUAACCAGU